CAAUGAGUAAUGUGAAAGUGAAGAAAUUGUGGAGGGGGUUGCCUCCUUUUCAUGAUUGACUUAAGCUUGAUGCAGUUUACAAGAACUAAGAAUAUCUUAUUUUAUUUCUUGGUCAUGUCAUUAGUCAUAAGCCCUUUGCCUUAGGAGUUAGGAUCCUUUAUUGCACCAAUUUAACCAAUUAAAACCACAAAUAAAUAAACAAAAACCUGCCACAUGAAUCCAAUAAAACCCACCUACCCUCCAUUGCCGUUGCCUUCACGAGUGCUUCAUUUCUGCCCUAUUUUUCUCUUCAUCCUUCCACCCCCAUUCCCAUGUUGACUUCAUCACAACAAAACAUUUGUUUUUACGUAAACAUUUUCACUGCUAAUUCCAAAGAAACCACACUGAGUACAAGAACAAACCAACAUUUUAUUCACCAUUGCACAAACUGCCUCUUGACUUGACUCAGUUUUGUUGGGUCCCCUCCACCCAAAAUCUCAUUUUAAGCUCAAAGUCCUAACCUUUUCCACAAAUAUAACCUACCCUUUUCCCCAUUCAAGAAAACUACACUCACAUUCUUCACUCCCCUCACAAUGCCGACUCAAUCCGAGUCACCCAGUAACUCACUCAGUCAACUCGCUCAAAACGUCUUCUCCGACAACAACAACAGCAGCAUCAUGCUCGCAGCCGUUCUUUCCUUGCUCCUAGUCAUCCUCUUUGUCCUCCUACUCCACUUGUAUGCCAAGUGGUUCUUAUCUCAGUCGCAAUUACGUUCUCGCACUCGCCGGUGGCGAACUCCGGUGACUGUCUCCGACGUUCUGGAACCUUCCCAUUUCCACAGCAUCAACAUAGAAGCUUCAACCACCUGCCCCAAGGGCCUGGAUUCAGCGACAGUUUCAGCAAUUCCCAUGUUUGUGCACAAAACAGAGAAAACAGAGGAAUUGGAAUGUGUGAUCUGUUUGAGCGUUAUUGAGGAGGGUGAGAUUGGAAGGAGAUUGCCAAAGUGUGGCCAUGCUUUUCAUGUUGAGUGCAUUGACAUGUGGUUUACUUCACAUUCCAAUUGUCCCAUUUGCAGAGCUCCUAUUCUGGGAAGCGAUGAUUCUCAACCGGGUUCUGAUGACGUCUUUGAGAUUGUGGUUGUAACUCCUGGUUAUGAGAUUAGUCAGAGUGAAAUCGGUUCGAUGAGUGGUUCUGUUCCAGACAAUUCUUCUUCUUUGUUAGGUUUCUCUUUGAAGAGAUUGCUGAGUAAGGUUUUUCUGUCACCUGACCAUGUAACUGAGUUGAAUGCUUCACAAUGAAAUAUGAACUCUUCUCAAAGUUUA